CACUGUCCACCGGAGCAUUGUGGGAAGGAAAGAGGAGCUGACGGCCGUUGAUGGCAUACUGCUCAAUUUGGCAAAUAUCUUCGAUAGUGAGCACCCACAAGAAAUAGAAAUUCAUGGGGACGAUGCUGCUGUGUGAACCUAGUGUCUGUGGGCUGUGAAGGGGGGCUUAUGCCGGUGUCAUCCCGUCUGUCCUGCGUCCAAAGCACAGAAGUGGGAUACUGUGUCAAUGGACCGCGGCGUUUUUAUUUUCUUUUCGGAGGGAAGCGACUAAAGUAGCGACGAAUUCUAAGCCCGCUGUGGAUGGGUGGGGGGCGACCACUGCGAACCUGCGUUCCUUACUAUUUGAAGUUUCUCGAGCUAUCUGUCGAAGACGCCGAUGAAAAUGUCGACCAGCAGUCCCGAAGCGGUGAAGAAAUUGCUGGAGAACAUGCAGACGGACCUGCGGUCUCUGUCCAUGGAGUGCAAGAAGAAAUUCCCCCCAGUCAAAGAGGCUGCAGAGUCUGGCAUUGUGAAGAUUAAGACCAUCGCAGCCAGGAAUACAGACAUACUGGCAGCUCUGAAAGAGAACAGCUCAGAGGUCGUGCAGCCAUUUCUGAUGGGCUGUGGAACCAAAGAGCCAAAAAUCACCCAGCUGUGUCUAGCAGCCAUCCAGAGACUCAUGUCCCAUGAGGUGGUGUCUGAGGCAGCAGCAGGGAACAUCAUCAACAUGUUAUGGCAGCUCAUGGAAAACGGUUUGGAGGAGCUAAAACUUUUACAAACUGUCCUGGUUCUACUCACCACCAAUACAGUUGUGCACGAUGAAGUUCUUUCCAAGGCCAUUGUGCUGUGUUUCCGUCUCCACUUCACCAAAGACAACAUCACCAACAACACAGCAGCUGCUACAGUCAGACAGGUUGUUACUGUGGUCUUUGAGAGGAUGGUGGCUGAAGAUGAACGUUUCAAAGGCAUUGUGGAACACCCUCCUCCUGUCCAGGGGAAUACAAACCGUCGAUCUGUUAGUACUCUGAGGCCCAGUGCCAAGGACGCAUACAUGCUGUUCCAGGAUUUGUGCCAGCUUGUGAAUGCUGACGCCCCCUACUGGCUUGUGGGGAUGACAGAGAUGACGCGGACGUUUGGCCUAGAGCUACUGGAGUCUGUACUCAAUGAUUUUCCCGGUGUAUUCCUGCAGCACCAAGAGUUCAGUUUCCUGCUGAAAGAAAGAGUGUGUCCGCUUGUCAUCAAGCUCUUCUCCCCCAACAUUAAGUUCCGGCAGGGCAGCAGCAGUGCUGCCUCACCAGUGCCUGUAGAGAAACCUUAUUUUCCCAUCUGCAUGAGGCUGCUGCGAGUCGUCUCUGUCCUCAUUAAGCAUUUCUACAGCUUGCUGGUGACAGAGUGUGAGAUCUUCUUGUCUCUGUUAGUGAAGUUUCUGGAUGGUGAAAAGCCACAGUGGCUAAGAGCAGUGGCUGUGGAAUCGGUCCACAGGCUCUGUGUACAGCCACAUUUAUUGCGUUCAUUUUGCCAGUCCUACGACAUGAAGCAGCACUCCACUAAAGUGUUCAGAGAUAUUGUUAACGCCCUGGGCUCCUUCAUCCAGUCUCUUUUCAUCGUCCCCAAUGCGGGCAACGCUGCAGCCGUCAGUGCACCAGCCGGUGGGUCAGGUUCAGGGGUGCAGGGAGCAGCACAAGGAGGUCCAGGAGCAGGAGGGGUCAGUGGUAACUUGACCACACAGGCGGCCUUUGAAUACCGCGGCACCUGGAUCCCUCUUAUGACUGUUAGUGUCCAGGGCAGUGCCAAGGCCACCUAUCUAGAGAUGCUGGACAAGGUGGAGCCGCCAUCUAUCCCAGAGGGCUACGCCAUGUCUGUGGCCUUCAGUGCCCUGUUGGAUCUAGUGAGAGGCAUCACCACCAUGAUCGAAAGAGAACUGUCUGCAGAAGAGGAGGCAGCUGCAGAGUUCAGAGAGGCUCAUCCUGACCAGGAGUGGCAGCCUCAGCCUGGAGCCCACUUGGUGUGGGAGGAGAUGGUCAAUGCCUGCUGGUGUGGUCUUUUGGCUGCAUUAUCUCUGCUGCUGGAUGCCAGCACUGAUGAGACAGCCACAGAGAACAUCUUGAAGGCAGAGCUGACCAUGGCCUCACUGUGCGGUCGCCUGGGCUUGGUGACACCGCGUGAUGCCUUCAUCACAGCCAUCUGUAAGGCUUCUCUGCCACCACAUUAUGCCUUGACCGUUCUCAGCAGUAACGCUGCCAGUCUCUCCAGCAAAGCCUACUCCAUCCAGGGACAGAGUGUGCAGAUUAUCAGCCCCUCUAGUGAAUCUCAUCAGCAGGUGGUGGCGGUGGGGCAGCCACUCUCCGCUCAGCCCCAGGGCACUGUGGUGCUAACUGCCAAGAACAUCCAAUGUAUGCGGACCCUGUUGAACCUGGCCCACUGCCACGGGGCUGUGUUGGGCACGUCCUGGCAGCUGGUACUGGCCACACUACAGCACUUAGUGUGGAUCCUGGGGCUCAAACCAGGGGUGGGCGGUGCCUUGAAACCUGGCCGGGCUGUUGAGGGACCCAGUACGGUGUUGACCACUGCCGUGAUGACAGACCUACCUGUCAUCUCCAACAUACUCUCCAGACUGUUUGAGAGCUCCCAGUAUCUGGAUGAUGUGUCCCUUCAUCACCUCAUCAAUGCUCUCUGUUCCCUCUCUCUGGAAGCCAUGGAAAUGGCUUAUGGAAACAACAAAGAGCCAUCUUUGUUUGCCGUAGCCAAGCUGCUAGAGACGGGUUUAGUCAACAUGGAUCGUAUAGAAAUCCUCUGGAGACCCCUGACUGGACACUUACUGGAGGUUUGUCAGCACCCAAACUCCAGGAUGAGGGAGUGGGGAGCCGAGGCAUUGACAGCACUUAUCAAAGCUGGUCUGGCUUUCAAACACGACCCUCCACUGGCCCAGAAUCAGCGACUGCAGCUUCUUCUCCUGAACCCGCUGAAGGAGUUGUCCAAUGUGCUACAUGCAGACAUCCGGCAGAAACAACUGGAGAGUGUCUUGCAGAUUCUCCAGAGCCAAGGGGACAGCUUGGGGCCUGGAUGGCCCCUGGUCUUAGGGGUGAUAGGUGCCAUCCGCAAUGAUCAAGGAGAGUCAUUAAUCAGAACAGCCUUCCAGUGCCUGCAGUUGGUUGUGACAGACUUUCUACCCACCAUGCCUUGCACGUGCCUCCAGAUCGUAGUGGAUGUAGCCGGCAGCUUCGGCCUGCAGAAUCAAGAGCUCAACAUCAGCCUCACCUCUAUUGGCCUACUGUGGAACAUUUCAGACUACUUCUUCCAAAGAGGUGAAACCAUCACACUAGAGUUAGAGAGGGAGGAGGAGGCCCUGCAGAAACAGGCCCAGGAGAAAGGAGAGACUCUGAACAGGCCCUUCCACCCCGCCCCUCCCUUCGAUUGCCUGUGGCUGUGCCUAUACGCCAAGCUGGGUGAGCUGUGUGUCGACCCCCGGCCUGCUGUUCGGAAAAGUGCUGGACAGACACUGUUCUCCACCAUCGCAGCCCAUGGGACCCUGCUGCAGCAGCCUACAUGGCAUAUCGUAGUCUGGAAGGUCCUGUUCCACCUGCUGGAUUGUGUGAGGACAUCUUCCACCACCGCCGACAAAGAGAAAAUCGAGUCUGGCGGAGGGAACAUCCUCAUUCACCACUCGCGCGACACUGCUGAAAAACAGUGGGCUGAGACGUGGGUGCUGACACUAGCUGGUGUGGCACGCAUUUUUAACACAAGACGGUAUCUCCUCCAGCAGUUGGGGGAUUUCUUUGAGGCCUGGGAGGUGCUGCUUAACCACAUACAGUCAGCUGCUCUCAGCAAGAACAAUGAGGUCUCACUGGCUGCCCUUAAGAGCUUUCAGGAGAUACUACAAAUCGUUACACCUGUUAAAGACUCAGACAAAGCAGGCGAUGCACUUGCUGCUAUGGGGGUUCCUCCAGUACUCAUUGACCCCAUCUCAGCAUCUGGUCCUGGCAGACCCCUCUUACGUUCAGAUUCACUUGUUGAGCGUCUGACACGAUACAAUGGCGCUGAGCUGCAGGCCCCUCCCCCAGGCGAGGAGUCGGCGUUAGAGGACUCGGCGCUGUGGUGGUCGGCGUGGAACACAUGGUAUCGAACAGGGACGGACAGCACCAGGCCGCCUAGUGGUCCAGCAGAGAAGCUCUCCUUCAUCCCCAGCCAGCCCUACCUUACAGCAUUAAUCCAGAUUUUCCCAGCUCUGUACCAGCACAUCAAGGCCAACUUCAGCAUGGAGGACCUGAAGAAGCUCGGGGUCAUCCUCCACGGGGCCGUGUCUGUGCCCAUCAGCAGUGACGCCUCCCCCUUCAUUCUCCCCUCCUACACUGAGGCUGUGCUCACUAGCUUGCAGGAAGCUGUGCUCACAGCUCUGGAUGUUUUGCAGAAGGCCAUCUGUGUGGGCCCUGAGAACCUGCAGGUCAUGUACCCAGCCAUCUUUGAACAGCUGCUACUCUUCGUGGAGUUCUCCUGCAAGCCUCCACAGUAUGGCAGGAUGGAAACCAAACACGUGGCCAAUGCCAAAUACAACCAGAUCCAGCUGUUUGCACCGGCAGAGUGGGUUGCCUUAAACUACGUGCCCUUUGCUGAGCGAUCCUUGGAGGUGGUGGUGGACCUGUACCACAAAACAGCAUGCCACAAAGCUGUCAUCAAUGAAAAAGUCCUGCAAAACAUUAUCAAGACCCUUAGAAUGCCCUUGGGUUUGAAGUAUGCCUGUCCGUCAGAGAGCACCUGGAAGCUCGCAGUUUCUUCUCUACUCAAGGUGCUUUCCAUCGGACUGCCUGUGGCGCGGCAGCAUGCCUCCUCCGGGAAGUUCGACACUAUGUGGCCUGAGCUGGCCAACGCCUUCGAAGACUUUCUUUUUACCAAAAGCACACCUCCAGACAACCUCUCGAUCCAGGAAUUUCAGAAGAAUGAAGCCAUUGAUGUAGAGGUAGUACAGCUGAUCAGCACUGAGAUUUUACCGUUUGCCAAUUUCAUCCCCAAAGACUUUGUCGGCCAGAUCAUGGCCAUGCUCAAUAAAGGCUCCAUUCACUCACAGUCUCCCUCAUUCACAGAAGCAGAGAUCGAUGUGCGGAUGAGGGAGGAGUUUUCUAAGGUGUGCUUUGAGACGUUGCUGCAGUUUUCCUUCAGCAACAAAGUGUCCACCCCUCAGGAGGGCUACAUCUCCCGUAUGGCGCUCUCGGUGCUCCUCAAAAGAUCCCAGGACGUUCUCCGCAGAUAUGUAGAGGACGAGAGGUUGAGCGGACGCUGCCCCCUGCCCAGGCAACAAGUGACUGAGAUUAUCUUUGUUUUGAAAGCUAUCAGCACUUUGAUGGACUCCCUUAAAAAGACGCAGCCAGAAAACGUGGAUGGCAACACAUGGGCACAGGUGAUUGCCCUGUACCCCACACUGGUGGAGUGUAUUACAUGCUCUUCUUCUGAGGUGAGCUCAGCUCUGAAGGAGGCCCUCGGGCCCUUUAAAGACUUUAUGCAGCCUCCCGUCUCCAGAGUUCAGAACGGAGAAUCCUGACUAGGCUCACUCUCAGCUGUUUGUUUUUUAUAAUGAAGAAAUCUUGAAUGUGUCUUCUUGACCCACGUGCUUCACAAAUGCACGGACAUGAACUCCACGUGAGCCCCAUCUACAGUGACAUGAAACAAACCAACAGUGAAGAGAGAUCCGAGGCCCACUCAAACCACGCCGAUGACCCCGACCUUCAUACGCAUCAUCGUGUGCUUCUCAUGUGAGCUGGUAACGCCUCUGCACCCCCCACCCCCCCCCCUCCCCAUUCUCAUACAGACUGGCUGCACUCUUGUGUUAACUACAGAGAUUAAAAAAUAAAUAAAUUGCAGUGUUGCCUCUAGAUUUAGUUUUGUUUUAUUCUUCUGAUGAGGCAGAGUUGAUGUACAGUGUGUGGUGAUAGUGUUGAUGAUGUAAUUAAGAAAAAAAAAAUGCAAAAACCGGGGCUUUACUGAUCUUAAAAAUGACUUUUUGCAACAUUUUCAACAGUGAGGAUUUUAUGCAAGAAAACAAAUCUUACUGUAACAUUCCAUGUCAUCUUUAGCCAGCCAUCUGAGAAGGGAUGUACCUGUCUGUAUAAAAUAAAUGGGACAGUUCUACAAUCAGCUUUGUGCUGCGUGUGGCUCUGUUACAUUACCUUACGUC